ACAAAGGACUGGUGAUGAUCUUAAACAAGGCAGCAAUCUGGACUCCAGGAGCACCAGCGUCCAACAGUACAAGAACAGUAUCUUGAAACCCAAAGAUUGUGGGGUUCAUCAGGCCUGCACAGACUGAACGCCCAAGCUCAGGACCCUCUGCGGCAGGACUGCAAUGGCGGCUCCUUACAAAUCAGACCGCAGGGGACUAAUCUGGAUCUGCAUUUUCCUUGGAUCCCUAUGCGACAUCCGCGCGGAACAGAUCCGGUACUCUGUGCCGGAGGAGCUGGAAAGGGGCUCUGUGGUGGGUAAUCUCGCCGCGGACCUGGGGCUGGAGCCUGGAAAACUGGCAGAACGCGGAGUCCGCAUCGUCUCCAGAGGUAAGACCCAGCUCUUUGCUCUGAACCCGCGAAGCGGCAGUUUGGUGACAGCAGGGAGGGUCGACAGAGAAGGGCUCUGUGACAGAUCCCCAAAGUGUACCGCAAAUCUGGAGAUUCUCCUAGAGGAUAAAGUGAGGAUUCUAGCCAUAGAAGUGGAGAUUAUCGAUGUUAAUGAUAAUGCCCCCAGCUUUGGAGCACAGCAGAGAGAAAUAAAAGUCGCUGAAAGUGAAAAUCCUGGGACAAGAUUUCCUCUUCCUGAAGCCUUUGAUCUGGACAUAGGGGUGAACGCCUUGCAGGGUUACCAGCUCAGCUCCAAUGAUCACUUCUCCCUGGAUGUGCAAAGUGGACCGGAUGGGAUUAAGUAUCCAGAGCUAGUGCUGGAAAAUGCCUUAGACCGCGAGGAAGAAGCCGUUCAUCACCUGGUUCUCACCGCCUUCGACGGAGGCGACCCGGUUCGCUCUGGUACUGCCACAAUUCAAGUAACACUCGUGGACACCAACGACAAUGCUCCUGUAUUCACUCAGCCAGAGUACCACAUUAGUGUGAAAGAGAAUUUGCCUGUAGGCACCCGGCUGCUUACCAUAAAAGCCACUGACCCGGAUGAAGGAGUCAACGGAGAAGUGACGUAUUCUUUCCGGAACGUAAGAGAGAAAAUCUCCCAGCUCUUCCAGCUGAAUUCUCUGACUGGGGACAUUACAGUGUUGGGGGAACUGGAUUAUGAAGACUCUGGAUUCUACGAUGUUGACGUAGAAGCCCAUGAUGGGCCUGGUCUUCGAGCCAGAAGUAAGGUACUGGUGACAGUUCUGGAUGUAAAUGACAAUGCCCCGGAAGUCACAGUCACCUCUCUCACCAGCUCUAUCCAGGAAGCUUCUUCCCCAGGCACAGUGAUUGCACUCUUCAACGUGCACGACAGCGACUCUGGAGAGAACGGCCUUGUCACUUGUUCUAUUCCAGAUAAUCUUCCAUUCAGACUGGAAAAGACCUAUGGAAAUUAUCAUCGGUUGUUGAUACACAGGACUCUGGACAGGGAAGAAGUCUCUGACUAUAACAUUACAAUAACUGCCACCGACCAGGGAACUCCACCUCUGUCUACAGAGACUUAUAUCUCAUUGCAGGUGGUAGAUAUUAAUGACAACCCGCCGACCUUCACCCAUGCCUCCUAUUCUGCUUACAUUCCAGAAAACAACCCUAGAGGAGCUUCCAUCUUAUCCAUAACAGCCCAGGACCCAGACAGUGGUGAGAAUGCCCAGGUUAUCUAUUCUCUGUCAGAGGACACUAUCCAGGGGGCACCUAUGUCCUCCUACGUCUCCAUAAACUCCAAUACCGGUGUCCUUUAUGCACUGCGUUCCUUUGAUUAUGAGCAGUUUCAAGACUUGAAGUUACUGGUGACAGCCAGGGACAGUGGGACUCCUCCACUCAGCAGCAACGUGUCCCUGAGCUUGUCUGUGCUGGACCAGAACGAUAACACCCCUGAGAUCCUGUAUCCCACCAUCCCCACUGAUGGUUCUACUGGUGUGGAGCUGACACCUCGUUCUGCAGAUCCUGGAUACCUGGUGACCAAGGUGGUGGCCGUAGACAAAGACUCAGGACAGAACGCCUGGCUGUCCUACCGCCUGCUCAAGGCCAGCGAGCCAGGGCUCUUCUCAGUGGGGCUGCACACAGGUGAGGUACGCACUGCUCGGGCCCUGCUGGACAGAGAUGCUCUCAAGCAGAGCCUGGUGGUGACCGUGCAGGACCAUGGCCAGCCCCCUCUCUCCGCCACUGUCACACUCACCAUAGCUGUGUCAGACAACAUUCCAGACAUCCUGGCUGAUCUGGUCAACAUUAACGCCCCCAUUGACCAGGAGGAUUCAGACAUCACAUUGUACCUGGUGGUAGCUGUGGCUGCGGUCUCUUGUGUCUUCUUAGCCUUUGUCAUUGUGCUGCUGAUACACAGGCUCCGUCGCUGGCACUCAACUCGCCUGCUUCAGGCUGCAGGUAAUGGGUUGUCAUCCUUGCCUGCCUCACAUUUUGUGGGUGUGGAUGGUGUACACGCUUUCCUACAGACCUAUUCUCAUGAGGUCUCACUCACAGCAGACUCUGGGAAGAGUCACCUGAUCUUCCCACAGCCCAACUACGCAGACACACUCAUCAGCCAGGAGAGCUGUGGGAAGAGUGAUCCUCUCCUGGUAUCUCAAGACUUGCUUGAAAUAAAAGGAGACUCCAGUCUGCAGCAAGCCCCGCCCAACACUGACUGGCGUUUCUCUCAAGCCCAGAGACCCGGCACGAGCGGAUCCCAAAAUGGUGAUGAAACUGGCACCUGGCCCAACAACCAGUUUGAUACAGAGAUGCUGCAAGCCAUGAUCUUGGCCUCUGCCAGCGAAGCUGCUGAUGGGAGCUCUACCCUGGGAGGGGGCGCUGGCACCAUGGGUCUGAGCGCUCGAUACGGACCCCAGUUUACCCUGCAGCACGUGCCUGACUACCGCCAGAACGUGUACAUCCCUGGCAGCAAUGCCACGCUGACCAAUGCCGCUGGCAAACGAGAUGGCAAGGCUCCAGCAGGUGGUAAUGGCAACAAGAAGAAAUCGGGCAAGAAAGAGAAGAAGUAAUAUGGAGGCCAGGCCUUGAACCACAAGGCAGCCUCCCUCCCCAGCCAGUCCAGCUCGUCCUUACUUGUACCCAGGCCUCAGAAUUUCAGGGCUCACCCCAGGAUACUGGUAGGAGCCAGGGCCAUGCUCCCCGUUGGGAAACAGAAACACGUGCCCAAGCCAACACCCCCUCUCUAUACCCUAGGGAGUUGAAUAUGCAAAGAGAGUUCUGCUGGGACCCCCCUAUUCAAUCAGUGAUUGUACCCACAUGGGUAGCAGGGUUUGUGUGUGUGGACAUACACACACACACACACACACACACACACAAACCAUGCCACACUCCCUUAGUUACAGCUGAACUCCUCCAUCUUCCAACCCAGGCAGGCUUAUCCAUCUCCUGCCGCCCUCUCCCCACCCCACCCACUCCUUCAGUCCCUCUCUUUGAGCAAGGUAGCUGGGCUGUUGGGGUGACCGGUGAGCUAAGCCGGCUCCUAGUUCUGAACGGUAGGGAGAGUAUUACAAUCUUUUGGCCUCUCCUUCAGUUCAGCUUUCCCCCAAAGCAUGGUUUGGUACCAGUCUUCUCUUUUCCUUCCAGAGCCUGAGACCAAUGCUUAAGUUUUGGGGGAACAGGCACCCUCCCUCUGGUACUGAUGAUGCUUGCUGGAUUUUGGGAAGGCAUUUUGCUACUAAGCCUCUUUUCAAUGCCUGGGGACAACUAGUCUUUUGUUUUUCAUUGUUUGAUGUUCCCACUGCAUGCUGUGACUUCCCUACACCUCAAAGAAGAGACUCCUUUGCAUGUCUGGAGACAGUAGGGGGUGGUAAACUAAAGGGAAGUUGAGAGUGUAUACUGCUGGGAGUGGGGCAGUGGACAAAACAGCCUGUUAAUAGGGUCUUGCAAGGGGCUCUGUAUGUACCCAGGGGACUGGCUCAAUCCUCACAUUCUAGCCAUAGACAAACACCAGGCCAGACCCCUCCAUUCUGGUUCAGCCUGGGCAGCUUGGGCUGAGCCACCAGGACCAAUGGAUUUAAGCUGACAUUUCAGUCCAAGACGACGACUUCUAAGUGAGUUUAAGACCAGAGAGGAAAGAGGGGCCUCUGUGGGUGCUGGGUACUCCAGAGGUGCCCUUGGUGGGAGGACCAGUGGUCUUAGCAGGAAGGGGGGCCCAGCAAGGUCAUUCUUGGACCCUGGGUCUAGUCCAGUAGCUAGAAAAAGGGACCAAGUGGCCAUAAAGUCCCAGCCAAUGAUGGGGCUUUUCCAGUGGGCCCCUGUAGACCUCAAGCCCCUGGCCUCCACCUUACCAGGUGCCAUUUCUUCUCAGAAGGCCACUGCCCAGGCCCCCAGGCCGCCCCCUUGUGGCCAGAGAACGGUUAAAGCCCCCCAGUGCCUCCUUGUGCAUAGAACUUCCUCUGCCCUAGCCCUUACAGUAGUGUAGAAGAUCCCCCUCCCCCGCUGGUGUAGAAUAGCCAAUAGUAUAGUGUGGUGUGCUUUUACGUGAUGGCGAGUGGGCAGCGGGCGGUGGGCUGUACACAGCCGUCUGUCCUUUGAAUCUCAAUCUGCCUGCGCGGCCCGUGCUGUGUUUUGUGCUGUGUCCACACGCUGCGGCGACCCCUCCCUGUACUGACUUCUCUAUAAAAAGCUUCUCUUCGCAUAGUCACGUAGCUCCUGCCCAUCCCCCUUCCGAUAUCUCUCGCAAGUUUUAUACUCUAAUAUUUAUAUGGCUUUUUUCUUCGAAAAUUAAAAAUAAAAAAAUGGUUUCUUCUG